ACUAAUCUCUAUUUUUUCUCUUUAGAAAAUCAUUUUUUUUUGUUUGACAAAUCAAGGGUUUUUUUUAUCGAUGAAUCAAGCGCUACUAAAGUUCGCCAUUCGGGAUUGGCUGAAAUCUACCACCGCCUUGGCUUGGAUGGGGUCUCCAUCGAGACGUUUCUUGAGUACCCGCGGCGGAAUCGUCUACCCUUCAACGCUUCUUCGAUUUGAUAUAAAAAAACACGAGAUGGAAAAACGCCGGAUGCGUGAGCUUGCGAAGGCCUCUUCCUCCUCCAUUGUCGAUCAUGAAGAUGACGAGGAUGAUAGUUUUAUUUCGCCUGAAGAGCAGCAUCGCCGAGAGGAGGAGGAGAAACAGAGCCGUUUAGAGGAGGAACGGAUUCGCACGCAGCUGCUCGAGAAACGUUCGAUCGAGGAGGCGGAAAAACGGCGGCGUUUUAUGGAGUUUCGCGCUCGUCAAAUCGAGAUGAGCCACAAACGGAAGGAAACAACUGCGGCGAAAAAGGAGGCCAAUCGGGCGAUGAAGGGGCAGCAGCAGCGGCACCUCGGCCGGAUUAUAAACGAGGAAGAAUCGACAGAUUCACCAAAAAAUAACACAGCGAGUUCUUCCUAAAUAAGAAAAAAAAACGAAAAGGAGGUGGGUGAAUAUGGAAGAAAAGGAAUAUGAUGCCUUCAAAAGGAAAAAAAAUAGAAGAAAGAUAUUCGACGUGUGUAUUUUGAUAUGCUUAUAGCAAAGAGUGACUUUUUCAUUUUCCUGAGCACUCUUUUUAUGGUUCUGAUGCACCUAUGCUCUCUUUUUAUAUCGCGAUGCCUGUUUUGCAAUAUUAAA